AUGGACAAUAUUAUGGCAGAUGUUCCAUUUCCGAAAAUGGGUGACAUGCCGAAAAUCACGCCGAACAAAAUAAUAAAUACAUCUCAACCUAAAAUAGACUGGUCGAUUAAACCAGCAGAAAAAAUAAAAUAUGAUCAGUUAUUUGAUUCUUUGCAACCAGUUGAUGGAGUAAUUCCUGGGAAACAGGUUCGCAGCGUUUUAAUGGAUUCAAAAUUACCUGUUGAGAUAUUAGGAAAAAUUUGGGAUUUAGCGGAUUUAGAUAAAGACGGUAGUUUAAGUCGACACGAAUUUAUGAUCGCAAUGCAUUUGGUUUAUAAAGCUUUAGAACAACACACGAUUCCUAAUGUGUUGCCACCAGAAUUAAUGUCUCUUAACAAAAGAAAAGAUUCUUUAGUAUCUCAAUCAAAUCUUAUUAUGCCAUCUGUAAAGCCUCCUGUACCACCACAGCCUUCGAUACCUCCUUUGCCUAAUAUUCCUCCUCAACCUAGUAGACCCCCUUUACCACCCCAGCCUACUCUUGUACCGCACAUACAAUCACCAUCAUUAAUUUUAAAUCAAAACACAUUAGGAAUGCCACAGUCACAGACAACAUCUUUAAUGGGUUUAAAUUGGGUUGUUUCGGCUGAAGAUAAGGCCAAAGCCGAUGCUUUGUUUCAACUGACUGAUUCCGACAAAGACGGUUUUGUUUCUGGAUCUGAAAUAAAAGAUGUCUUCCUUCAGUCUGGUGUUCCUCAACCAGUAUUAGCUCAUAUUUGGAGUUUAUGUGAUAGAAAUCAAAGCGGAAAAUUAAACAACGAACAGUUUGCGUUAGCGAUGUGGUUAAUAAGUCAGAAAGUAAAAGGCAUUGAACCUCCUGAAAGUCUUACUCCAGAAAUGGUGCCGCCGAGCAUGAGAGGAAAUGUAGACGGUCUCGUAGAGGAAGUAGUAAGUGCUCCAACGUAUUCAAAUCCAGAAUUAGAAUUAAUUGCUACGGAUAUUGAUAAAUUAGUAAAAGAAAAAAAUAUAUUGGAAGCUGACAUAGCUCAAAAAGAGGCUGAUAUAAAGAUAAAGAAUAGCGAAGUUAAAAAUUUGCAAAGCGAAGUCGACACAUUAGCGGCAACAUUAAAACAACUUGAAAAUCAAAAGGGAGAAGCCCAAAAGAGGUUGAACGAUUUGAAAAAUCAGGUUGAAAAACUCAAGAGUCAAGCUGCCGAACAGGAAGAAUCCCUUAAAAGUCAAGAAACGGAAUUGAAUAGUAAAAAGCAAGAGCUUGAAAAUUUGAAACAGGAAGAAACAAGGUUAGAAAAGCUUCAAGAAGAAAAUAAAAAAUUGCUUGAAAAUCUUAGUCAAAAUCUACAAGAGUCUCAACUUCAAAUUAGCCAAGUCAAAGCUAAAAUUACCCAAUUAGAAGAAAUGCAAAGGCAAAUGAAUGAUGCCAUCACUGUUUUCGAAUCUGCAAUAACAUCCGGCGAUGCUACAAUGGUACCGGAUUCUUCUCUGAGUAUUGGCCCCGAUUUUCGAGAUCCGGAAAUAACAAAAUUAACCGUAGUAGAAGAUGAGACCAAAGACAAUACUUUUAGUAAUAUUAAUGGAACCAAUGAAUUCGAUAAUAAAACAUUCCCUGAUGAUGCCUUUUCGAAUCAUAACGUUGAAAAUGCCUUUGGCAAUGAAGAUCCUUUUACUUCAGCUUUCACAGAUUCUAAAAAAUCAAUCGACGACGGAUUCGGAGAUCCUUUUAGUGCAUUAGGAACAACCAACAGCAGCGCUGUGACCAGUAGUGAUCCAUUCGAUCCUUUUGGAGAUGGAAAUCGAAGGUCUGAUGCCAAAACUCCAAUAGAUAUGUCUGACAAAGAUCCAUUUGGCUGUGAUCCUUUUGCUAAUCUUCAUGCUCCCGAAAGACCUACCAAUCCGCCUACUAGACCCGAAAGUCCGAGUCCUGCACUGCCACCAAAGAAGUCAAAACAGCCUCCUCCGAGGCCGGCGCCUCCCAGACCUGUGCAACCCACGAUGAGGGCGGCUCCCGUUCCGCCUACUCCCAGCCCCGAUACCACCACCGUUAGCAGUUCUCAAGAUCCUUUUGGAAACUCGGGGGGUUUUGCUAAUUUUGCUAAUUUUGAUAGCAAGUGUUGUUACCGAAGUACCUGUAACCUCGAUUCCAAUCCUUCUAUCUUCGUAACUAGCCAACCCAAUCUCACAAGAACAUUUCCCGUAUCUCUCCCUCCACCCUCGUCCAAAUUCAAACCCCAGGCGCGAACCGUGUCUAUGUUUUAUACGAUAGAUUUUGAAAAAUUAACAAACAACAAGACGAUAAUGAUGAUUAGACGAAUUCAUCAAAAUCUAUCCAUCAGUAAUUUAAAGAAUUCUACAUUCCUUCAGUUGAAAACGGAACCUAAACCUGGAACAAGAAGGGGCCUUAGACCGGAUUCAAAGGAUUCUCCUCCAAUUUUGAAUAAUCAAACCGAGUCAACGUCUCCGAUUCAAAGUUUACCCGUUCAAAAUCGAUAUGCAUCGUUUGAAUUCACGGAAGAUCCAUUCAAAAACUACAGGUACGACGAUUUGGCCAACAUCGAUCCAUUUGAUGAAGGUACCACCACCACCACCACGACCACGGAUGAUGAUAAAAAGAAAAACAUAUCAGAUAAAAAUUUUUUUAAUUUUUAUGACGAUUCAACAAGUUACGAAAUCCCGAUCGGAAGUGAGAGGGAAACAUUUGAAUCUAGAUUUCCUAAAGUUGACGUUUUCGAUUCGGAAUUUUCAUUCGGAAGUGGGAGAAUAAAAUCAAACGAUGUGCCGCCGCCGCCGCCAUCUUCUUCUUCUUUUAACAAUAAUAAUAAUAAUAAUAAUAGUAAUAAUACAAUAUCGGACAAAGUGAACGGAAACGUAAUUAAUUUGUUUUCGAAUCAUUCCAAACCGCCGGUGUUUAGUGAUAAAAAUUCAAACAUCAUGACGGGUGUUGGUGAUGAUGAUGAUGAUGAUGGGUUUUUUUUUAAAAAGGACGACGAUAAAAAAAUGAAUAAAAAUUUAAAAUCAAACGAAUUGUUGUUGAUUCGGGGAAGGGAAAAGGAAAACAAAUUUGACGUUGAGAAAACUUUGCCGAAAGAAGAAUUUCAAAUGGCUUGGGCGGCAAAAGAAAGUUUAAGAUUGGAAGAGGAAAGAUUAAAACAAGAAGCUCAAGAAAAAGCCGAUUACGAAUAUGCUUUAGCGCUAAGUAAAAAAGAUAGCAACGCAAAAGAUAAAAGGACAAUCAAAAAUUUAUUAAAAUUGGGGAGAAGCAACAACAGCAACAACAACAACAACAACAACACUCCAGCUGCUUGA